AUGGUGCCACAGUAUGCACCUAGUCUUCGGUCACGACUCCCUGUCGUUGCCUUACUUUUGGAAACUAUAUUUAUCUUGUUUUUUGCGUUCUACAUGGAAGUUCCAUACAUAUUUCCAAUUGUAUUUUAUGCAGAGUUCCAGGAUGUCCACGUCAUGGUUUUUAUGGGGUUUGGUUUCUUGUCCACCUUCCUGGUUCGUAAUGGCUUCAGCAGUGCUGGCUUCAGCUUGCUAGUUGCAGCCAUGGCAGUGCAGUGGGCCAUUGUGUUUCAGACUCUUCUGCAAUUACCAAAUCCAGGGCGAAUCACCAUGGAAAGUUUGGUCUUUGCAGAAAUGAGUGCAUUCUCAUCACUGAUUUCCAUGGGUGUUGUGAUUGGGAAGACCAAUCCUGUCCAGCUUCUCUUAAUGUCUUUGAUGGAAGUUACUGGAUUCAAUUUCCUCAAUAAGUGGCUAAUUCAAACUUUACUGAGUAUAAUCCUGGGAUUGACCGUUUCAAAUCUAGAAGCCCUGUUUUAAUUUAUAUUUUACAUGGCUUGGGUAUUGAAGGUUAUUGAACCACGACAUGAAAAAGAGAAAUCUGAUCGAAAGAUGACAUUAUUCUCCUUAUUUGGUAAGGACUUCCUAUGGAUAUUCUGGCCUAGUUUUAACUCAGUGCAUUUACUGAACAACGAUAUGGAUCUUGCAGUGCCUUUAAAUGUCAUCUGUAGCACAUACCUGGCGAUGGCUGUCUCUGCUGUAACUGCCAUCGCGAUUUCUGUUCUUUUCAACCCUCGAGGGAAAAUCAACAUGCUUCAUGUCCAGAACUGUAUUCUCGCUGGUGGGGUGGCUGUGGGAGGCAGUAUGUCAACUUUUCCUCAACCUUGGGUUGCCAUGGCAGUUGGGUUAUCAGCUGGCAUAAUGUCAACCUUGGGACACCAAUAUAUUAAGCUCCUUAUGGAAGUAGUUUUCAAAUGCCAUGACACCUGCAGCAUUCUCAGUGUUCAUGGGAUCCCUGCCAUUCUGGGAUGGUUUGUUCGGCUCUUUCUUCAGUUUGCCAACUCAGAUAGCACAACGAUUGCAGUGAGGUUUGCUGUGUACCACAUUGUGAUCCUCCUCAUCACACUUGCUUCAAGUCUGACUAUGGGAGUCAUUACAGGCAUCAUCCUGAAAUAGAGGUUUUGGAGACCCCCUCAGGACAGGAAGUGCUUUGAUGACCAGGCCUUUGGGAAAUCGUGA